UUCGCGAGAGUCAGAAAACUCUGCGCGCGGACAGUCUAUGAGCUCGCGCUUGAGCGCGAGGUGGGCCCAGGCUACUGCGUUGACUAUUAUGGGAGCCUUCUAGUUUUGUCUGUCAGUGUAUAUGGGGUGUAAUGGUUUAGUCCGAGGUGCAAACACCUUUGGGACUGACUGAGCAUCUCUCCUGUCACGUAAGCGCGACUCCGCAGCCUACCGUCUACACAGGGAAUCAGGGAUCCUCCCCUGUCAAGAUGCGCUCGUGACGGUGCGACAGGGCUAUUACGAUGCACGUCGUUUUUGAAACACAGGCAGUUGAGUAAACAAAUCAAUAGAAGCCGUGAUCAACACGCGUAUUCCUGCAGUAAUGUAAAGAUGGCGAGACUGCUUCAUAACUUGCUGUUGUUGACAGUCGCGCUGACGCUAAAGAUCAGAGUUAUGGGAUACUGGUCUCUCAUCUAUGGAUAUUGCGCGCUAUGCACGGGCGUAGCGCUGCUCAAACUUGGCUGGAAUAUUAUCCUACGACCGUCAACAACCUUUCAGUGGACGGUUCGUGAGACACCCCCCGCGUGCCUGAAUGACACGUCCUUGGGAACCCACUGUUAUGUUAGAAUCAAGGAGUCUGGGCUCAGAUUUCACUAUGUUGCUGCCGGGGAACGAGGAAAGCCACUUAUGCUGUUUCUGCAUGGAUUCCCUGAGUUUUGGUUCUCCUGGCGUCACCAGCUGAGGGAAUUUAAGAGCGAGUUCCGUGUCGUUGCCGUGGAUAUGCGAGGCUACGGGGAGUCUGACCUGCCCUCCUCCGCUGAGAGCUACCGACUGGACUACCUUGUCACCGACAUCAAGGACAUUGUGGAGUAUCUGGGAUACAACAGAUGUUUUCUCGUGGGGCAUGACUGGGGUGGCAUCAUCGCAUGGCUCUGUGCAAUUCACUACCCUGAAAUGGUGACAAAACUCAUAGUGCUGAACAGUCCUCACCCCUGUGUGUUCACUGAUUAUGCCCUUCGUCACCCCAGUCAGAUGCUCAAGUCAAGUUACUACUUUUUCUUCCAGUUGCCACAUUUUCCAGAGCUAAUGCUCUCCAUCAACGAUUUCAAGGCGCUGAAGAAUCUCUUCACCAGCCGCAGCACAGGCAUCAGUUGUAAAGGCCGCUGGCUCACCACAGAAGACCUUGAAGCAUACCUGUAUGCCCUCUCACAGCCAGGGGCCCUCACAGGGGCCCUCAACUACUUCAGAAAUGUCUUCAGUGUCCUCCCACUGAAUCAGAGUGAGGUGAAGUCUCCUGUAUUGCUGCUGUGGGGAGAGAGAGAUGCCUUCCUGGAGCAGGACAUGGCCGAGGCCUGCCGUCUGUACAUCAGAAACCAUUUCCGCCUCAACAUCAUCUCUGGAGCCAGUCACUGGCUGCAACAAGACCAGCCCGACAUCGUCAAUACACUCAUAUGGACUUUCAUUAAGGAGGGAGAAGGCCGGAAAAACUACAGGAACUUAUAAUGGGGUCCUUCGCACUCUGAGCUUGUCUGAAGAGGGGGACCAGGGAAAUGCCUGUGAACAAACACCAAUGUAAUGAUUAAUGCAAUCCUCAUUUUAAAUUUGAUACAUUUAAGAUAUAGAAACAAACUUCAGUGAAGCGGAAAAGAACAAAAGCACAUUUUAAUUGGAAGGGUUACGUAGAGAGUAGUACGUUUAAUCUAUUUUUCUCAAGUUUGCACAUGACAUUCGCCUUAAGGUUUCUUGGUGACAGUGUUUAAAAGUGUGUUGCAAAAUAUCUGUGAGUAAGUUGUAAAGUGUGGUGCCUUUCAACAUACCAUUUUGCAGCUUAAAAGUUGUGCCAUGUCUUUUCGAGACCAAGCAGUGGGGUUGUCAGCCAUUUGUAUCAUCAGUUUUGAUACUCUCUAACAAGUAACACAGUCUUAAGGGAGUCCUAAACCCCUUCACAUCUCUAUCAGGUAGUGUUGUCUUAGUGGAAAAUAUUGUUCCUCUUCUUUUUUUGUAUUUUUGACAAUAUUUGGCUUAAACGUUUGAGAAUGUCAUUAUUUUGAUCCUCCUGUAUGAUAAAACAAAGUGAUGUUUCAAUAUUGUACACUUUUUUUGUAUCUCUUCCUAAACACUGCAUCUGAGACAAUAGAAUCAGCUCUGUGACAUUUUGAUUUUAUAAGCAAAUAAAUAGGCUUAAUAGUGGGAACUUACUCACUUGAACUCUC